AUGGGCUUGCUGAGCAGCCAGGUGCUGCACCACCCAGGGCGAGCCCGAGCCCAGCAGGAGCCGGCUUCUGGGGCUGGGGGCUCCACCCGGAGGCAGGAUGGUGGCGACGCGCCCGGCCAUGGCUUCUGUUACUGUCCGGGCAAUUACAAGCGCAAGCGGAACAGUGGGGCCUUCUGCUACGGUAACCCCGAUUCCGAGACCAACGAGGAUGAGGAGGAAGGGGACGAGCAGCAGCGGCUCCUCAAUACCCCUUGAAGGAAAAAACUGAAGAGUACAUCCAAAUAUAUUUAUCAAACAUUAUUUUUAAAUGGUGAAAACAGUGACAUUAAUAUUUGUGCUCUAGGAGAAGAGGGGAGCUUACACAAAAUGUAUUUAUGUCAAUCUGGCUACUUUUCUAGUGUAUUCAGUGGUUCUUGGAAAGAAUCCAGCAUGAAUACCACUGAACUGGAGAUUCCUGACCAGAAUAUUGAUAUAGAAGCACUUCAGGUGGCAUUUGGGUCAUUGUAUCGAGAUGAUGUCUUAAUAAAGUCAAGUCAAGUCAUUGCCCUUUUGGCAGCAGCUUGUAUGCUGCAAUUGGAUGGUUUAAUACAGCAGUGUGGUGAGACAAUGAAGGACAAUGUGAAAACUGUGUGUGGCUAUUACACAUCAGCAGGGACCUAUGGAUUAGACUCUGUAAAGAAAAAGUGCCUUGAGUGGCUUCUAAACAAUUUGACGACUCACCAGAAUGUUGAACUUUUUAAAGAACUCAGUAUAAAUGUCAUGAAACAACUCACUGGUUCAUCUAACUUGUUUGUGAUGCAAAUGGAGAUGGAUGUAUACACAGCCCUUAAAAAGUGGAUGUUCCUUCAACUUGUGCCUUCUUGGAAUGGAUCUUUAAAACAGCUUUUGACUGAAACAGAUGUCUGGUUUUCUAAGAGGAGAAAAGAUUUUGAAGGUAUGACCUUCCUUGAAGCUGAGCAAGGAAAACCAUUUGUGUCAGUAUUCAGACAUUUAAGGUUACAGUAUAUUAUCAGUGAUUUGGCCUCCGCAAGAAUUAUUGAACAAGAUUCUCUAGUACCUUCAGAAUGGCUAUCUUCUGUGUAUAAACAGCAGUGGCUGGCUAUGCUCCGAGCAGAACAAGACAGUGAGGUGGGGCCUCAAGAAAUUAAUAAAGAACUAGAGGGAAACAGCAUGAGGUGUGGUAGAAAGCUUGCCAAAGAUGGUGAAUACCGCUGGCGGUGGACAGGUUUUAACUUCAGCUUUGACCUGCUUGUAACUUACACCAAUCGAUACAUCAUUUUCAAACGCAAUACACUUAAUCAGCCAUGUAGUGGAUCUGUCAGUUUACAGCCUCGAAGGAGCAUAGCAUUUAGAUUACGUUUGGCCUCUUUUGAUAGCAGUGGAAAACUAAUAUGCAGUAGAACAACUGGCUAUCAAAUACUUAUACUUGAAAAGGACCAGAAGUGUAACUAAGACAAGAAAGAAGGAAACACAAUUUGAUUUGAGGAGCAGGGAAAAGUUGACAGUACGGAAAUAAUUAUUCAUCUUGAACAUGAUCUUCAAAAAGUUAUCACUCUUAAUUGUUUUCUCCAUUGUGUUCAUUAUUGCAUUUAUUUAUACAUUAAUAACAGAUACCUUAAAAAAAAUCUGCUAAGUUUCCACAGAUCCUGGAUAUUAAGAGAAGCUAAUCUGCUAGCACAGUGGGUUUCUAAAAUGACAGACAUCUACAGUGUUCCUAAAAUUAUCUCUAAGACCAUUUGCUUCUUCAUCAAUCACAUGCAUGUAUAAGUUUCAACACGUCAUGAUGCAAAAGUAAACCAGUUUCAAAAAAUAAAAUGAGUGCUGUUAAAAAUAAAAAAAAUUUA